CUUAUUUGAAAAAUGAUAAAGUUGCUAGUAGUUAUACUUAUUCUCUCUUUACAUGUUUCUUUAAAUGAAUCACUCUCAAUUCCUAGUUUGAAUCAUUAAGUUCAAAUGAAUUAAAAGCCAAAAAAAAAGCCCGCCAUAGAAUGGAGAAAUACUUCUGAAUUUGAAAAUAAUCCAACUUAUGAUAAAGUCUUGGAACUUGCCAAAAAAAACUAUUAAGCUGAAUGUUAAAUGAAUAAGAGUAUUACCUUUUCUAAAGUGCUCUAAGUUGCCAAAUAAAUUUAACAAGGAAUGCUUUGGUCUGUAAUAAUAAUUAUUAUAUCUUUCAUUAGCUUUAAGUGGAAUUCUCAGAUAAAUCCAUUAAAAUUAUUUAGAUCUUUGAAGACUUAGAUGGAGUCUUAGAAUUUGAUUCAUGCAAAGAUAAUAAAUGA